AUGCUUUGUAGUACAAAUGGCGUCAACCAAUCUGAGGUAUUUGACUUGGCAUUUGGAGCCUACCAGACACUGGCUUUAUCGUAUGGUCUCAACAUGUCUGCUGAUGUGGUUGGAGGGACUGACGGCCCUCAAGAAUACCGGCUCUUCGGAGUCUCGAAUCACUUUGGAUCGCUUACAGGGGGACACUAUACAGCAGCCUGUUUUAAUCCAUCAACCAAACAAUUUUACAACUUUGACGAUCACGAGAUAACAGCUGUGCCCCAGAGACAAGUAAAGAGCUCUGCAGCAUACUUGCUGUUUUACACGUCCAUGGAGCUAUCCGUACCCAAAGUGCUCUGA